CGCAGCCUAGAGCGGAGCGUCAUGGCGGUGUAGAGCGGAUUACUCUCAAUGUUUACAUUCUCUUGACCGUCUCAUUUCUCCUUCUACACCAGUUUUUACCGCAAGACUGCACAUCUGUUGGAACUAACGCAAAGCCCAGGUUCAGUGUGAUUACGAUCCAGGACUGUGGCCUGCUACUCUCUCUGGACUGUGACCCUCUCUGCCCACCUCUCCUGGGGCCAUGGUUGAAGAGGGGCAGCAGAGUUUGGAGGCCAAUGGGAGCCCAGUUUUAGAAGACCAACACUUACAGGUGCCGUUCCCAUUGCUGCAUGGAGAGUGUGUGGAACACAUUGGGAGGGGAGAGGGCUCUGUCAUUGCCUUAACCAGCUACCGCCUUCACAUCAACCUGCAAGACAACGUCAUCAAUGUUCCUCUGCAGCUGAUAGAAAGUGUGGAGUGUCGCGAUCUGACACAACUGCACCUCACCUGCAAAGACUGCAAGAUUAUCAGGUGUCACUUCCUGUCUCCAGAGCAGUGUCAGGAUUGGUUAAGAAGGAUAACUGCAGUCAUGCGGCCGCCGGCCAGACUAGAGGAGCUCUUCGCCUUUGCGUUUCUCUCGUGUAGUGCGAGCGUGUCUGAUGAGGAGAGAGAACUGCAUGAUGGGAUCUGUCGUGCAGGAGGACAUCAGUGGAGGUUUAAGAGUGAGAUGGAGCGGAUGAACUUUGACAUACACAGUGCCUGGAGAAUCUCCAACAUCAACAGCAACUACAGGUUGUGUGCCAGUUACCCCGAGAAAAUUGUUGUGCCUGCUGCAAUCACAGACCAAGAACUGGAAAAGGUUGCGGCGUUUCGAUCUUGGAAGAGAAUCCCAUCUGUUGUUUACAGGCACCAGAGUUCAGGUGCUGUGAUCGGUCGAUGUGGGCAGCCUGAGGUCAGCUGGUGGGGAUGGCGAAAUGCUGACGAUGAGCAUUUGAUUCAGGCCAUUGCAAAAGCCUGCAUCACAGAUCCAGUGGCGAGCAAACAGCACAGCAAUGGCUCAUGCGUUCAGCAUCACGUGAACGGUACCGAUCCUCACGUGGCCAAUGGGAACGUGGAGGCGGAGCCCAGAGCCACACCCCCUCAGAAGCUGUUAAUAAUGGACGCCAGGUCAUAUGCAGCUGCAGUAGCCAAUCGAGCGAAAGGGGGCGGCUGUGAAUGCCCAGAGUACUAUCCCAACAGUGAGGUGAUGUUUAUGGGUAUGGCCAACAUUCACUCCAUCCGCAAGAGCUUCCAGUGUUUGCGAACUCUCUGUGCUCAAGUCCCUGAUCCGGUCAAUUGGCUGUCUGCUCUGGAGGGCACUAAAUGGCUGCAGCACUUGUCUCUGCUGCUGAAGGUGUCUCUGCUGGUGGUGAACGCAGUGGAUCGGGACCGCAGGCCCGUCCUGGUGCACUGCUCUGACGGCUGGGACAGAACACCGCAGAUAGUGGCUCUGUCCAAACUGCUCCUGGAUCCAUUCUACAGGACCAUCGAGGGUUUCCAGGUGCUGGUUGAGAUGGAGUGGUUGGAUUACGGUCAUAAGUUUGCCGAUCGCUGUGGUCACGGUGAGAACGCAGAAGAUCUGAACGAGCGCUGUCCGGUGUUCCUGCAGUGGCUGGACUGUGUUCAUCAGCUUCAGAGACAGUUCCCAUGCUCCUUUCAGUUCAACGAGGCCUUCCUGGUGAAAUUAGUUCAGCACACAUACUCGUGUCUUUUCGGGACGUUCCUGUGUAACAGUGUUAAGGAGCGCGAGGAGCGGUGUGUUCAGGAGAAGACAUGUUCGGUGUGGACUCUCCUGAGACCUACAAACCCAGCCUUCCACAACAUCCUCUAUUCACCACGAUCUGAGACGAUUUUGCACCCCGUGUGUCACGUGCGGAGUCUGAUGCUAUGGAGUGCUGUCUACCUGCCUAACUCCGCCCCCUCCACACCCUCUGAUGAGUCAUGUGUGCCAUACUCCGCCCCAUUAGUUACAUCUGUAAGCAGGUUACCAAAGACUCGGUCAUGUGACGAUUUGCCCACAGCGUGUGAGAGUUCGACUUCUGCAACACCAAACCGGCGCAGCAGCGACCCCAACCUGAAAGAGAAGUGGCAAGACCACCUGCUCACCCGGGAGAUCACCAUGGCAACAGAACCAGACGGGAACAGCACGCAGACAUCAGAAAGCAGCACUGACGACAGUCGCAGUAAUUCAGAGACAGCACUGGAUAAUCGACUCAACUGCACGGAACGUGAAACCAACGAUUUUGGUUCUGAAACGUCAAACCUGCGAGGAAUUUCGACAAACGGGGCGGAGCUUUCUGUGGAAAACGGAGUGACUGACAGUCAAAUGGAAAACAUCUUACAGGAAGCGAGAGAAGAGGAUAACAGGAAGCUGGACCUUUUAAUCAGUACACCUGCCUUCGAUAUUCCCGAAGACUUAAAUAUCAUAGUUGGCACUACAGACGCAAGCGAAGUGAACGGCAAGGACCGAGUGGAUAGGCUGUCCGAGAAGCUUGAAGAUCAAGCUAUGAAAAUCGGCAUCGAUAAAUCCUUGACGCCCAAUGUUUGCUCACCCAAGUCCCAUUCUGCUCUGCCCACAAACAGAAACAGUUUAUUAGAAGUGGACGGGUUACAUCCGGAUAACGUGUCUACCCACGAUCACUCACAAUCUAGCAGCAAAUCUCCUAUGGAGAACCACAGUCCGUCUGAGCCGCCCGAAUCGCUAAAAACUCUUAACACCAUCCUCUCAUUUUCUCACUGUCCUGUCUAUCCUCUCUCUCCACCGUCGACCAAUCAGGACAGCCCUGUGUGUAACCACGGCAGCAGUACCGAGACUUCAGCAGCGGGUGACAGUUCUCAAUCUUCACCCCACAAGAGUUUGGCAGGUGUUUCAGGGCGAGGGCCUGCAGUAGCACAGCGUUUAUCAGCGUUGCGUCACCUGGAAAAGGACGGGUUGAGUUUACACAGUGAUGCUGUACAGGUGCGUCUGAGACAGAUGGAGGCGGGGCAUCAACUGCAGGUAGAGACGCUGAAGAAACAGGUGCAGGAGCUGUGGAGUCGUCUACAAGUCAACGGGAAACUGACGCCUCUUCCGGACGGUGAGAAUAAUGAUGAUUCUGGCUGUUUGCCGCUCUGCAGUACUGAACUCCUAUCACAAUCCAACUGGGAACAGAUUGAACAUCAGGACACAGAGGUUGCACAGUGGUACUCGGAUCACCCAGCAUCCCGUUGCUAUUGUUGCGAGAGGACAUUUUGGCUGGCGGCAAGAAAACAUCACUGCCGUGGCAGAGAGCCUGUUGAAGAGGCCUGGAACUGUGGGAAUGUGUUCUGCGCCAGCUGCUGCGACCAGAAGGUGGCGGUACAGAGUCAACAGCUUUGUGAGCCAAACCACGUGUGCCAGGCGUGUUACGGGCACCUCCGGCCCUCAGGCGUGCCCCCCGUGCUGCCUCCUGCUGAUCUGGAGCUCGAGAAACCCAUUACUGCCAGCUCCAACUAGAACUACAUCACCUUACACACACAUCCCGAAUAAAACAAUACGAGAAGCCCAAAGCUCACCCUGAGAAAGGUGUAGUCCACCCAACAAUGAAUUUUAUGUCAUCGUUUACUCUCCCACAUGUUGUUCCAAACCUGUAUGACUUUCUUUAGUGGAACACAAAACAAAUUGUUUACAGAUUGUUCAUGCUGCUCUUUUUAUUUGGCCAUUUAGUUUCAUGAAGAGCGCAUCAGUAGACCGUUUUCACGAUCCUUCAGGGCUGCACAAUUAAUCAAAAUGACAUCAAUAUGGCGAUAUGGUUAUGUGUGAUUAAAGACAUAAACAUGGUCUGUGUGCACUUCAGAAUAAUUGGGUGUCAUGCUGUUCUGUGCACACACGGGGCUCAUGGGCUCGUGUUUUUAGCGCUUUUAAGGAAUAUUUCGGGUUCAAGUUAAGCUCGAUCGACAGCAUUUGUGACAAUGUUGAUUGCCACUAAAAUGUAUUUAGACUCAUCCCUCCGUUUCUUAAAAAAGCAAAAAUCUGUGUUCCAGUGAGACACUUACAACCCCAAUUCCAAAAAAGUAGGGACAGUAUGAAAAAUGCUAAUAAAAACAAAAAGGAGUGAUUUGUGAAUUAUAUUCACCCUUUGCUAUAUUGAAAGCACUGAAACUACACAUUAUAUGAUGUUUUUCCUUGUGAAUUUCAUUGUUUUUUGAAAAUGAACAAAUGAUUUCAAAUCAGAUGAUUGUAACACGCUCCAAAAAAGUUGCAAUUUAAGAGUACUAACGAUUUGACGAGUUAAAAUAACAAGGCGAUGUGAAACAGGAGAUGUUCAACAGGUGAGGCAAUCGUGUCAUAGUAUAUAAGGAGCCUCCAAAAACAGCCUAGUCCUUCAAGAGAAAGGAUCAUUCGAGACUUGUCAAUUUACCAACAGAUGCUUCAGCAAAUAAUCCAGCACUUUGAGAACAAUGUUCCCCAAAGACAAAUUGGAAGGAUUUUGGGCAUUUCACCCUUUACAGUGCACAAUAUAGUGAAAAGAUUCAGUGAAUCUGGUCAAAUCUCAGUGCGUAAAGGGCAAGACGAAAACAACAUCUGAAUGCUCGUGAUCUCUGAUCCCUCAGCCAUCACUGUCUUAAAAAACAUCAUUCAUCUGUAACGGAUAUCAUGAACAUGGGCUUGGGAUUACUUUAGUAAACCUUUGUUAGUCAACAUCACUCGCCGCUGCAUCCUCAGAUGCAAGUUAAGACUUUACUAUGUAAAGGAGAAGCCAUACAUCAACACUGUCCAGAAACGCUGCCGACUUCACUGGACUCUAUCUCAUCUUAGAUGGAAAGUAGAACAGUGGAACUGUGUUUUUUGGUCUGAAGAGUCCACAUUUCAAAUAGUUUUUGAAAAACAAAGCUGUUGUGUUAUCCGGGCCAAAGAGGAAAAGGACCGUCCAAGCUGUUAUCAGCAUCAGGUCCAAAAGCCAGUGUCUGUAUGGACCAGGGGUGUGUCAGUGCCCAUGGCAUGGGUAACUCGCACAUCUGUGAGAACACUAUGAAUGCAGACAGAUAUGUACAAAUUUUGGAGCAACAUAUACUGCCAUCCAGCACCGUCUUUUCCAGAGACGUCCCUGCAUUUUCCAGCAGGACAACUUCAAACCACAUAGUGCCCGGAUUACAAGUGCACGUCUGUGUAAGCAGAGAGUGCGGGUGCUAGAUUGGCCUGCCCGCAGUCCUGACCAUCUCCAAUUGAGAAUGUGUGGCACAUUAUGAAGCACACCAUACGGCAACGAAGACCCCGUACAAUUAUGCAGCUAAAGACCUACAUAAUGGAUGAAUGGGGGAAAAUUCCACUUUCUAAACUUAAACUUGUCUUCAUUGCUUACAUGCUUAAUAAGUGUUAUUAGAAUAAAUGGUGAUGUUUCACAGUGGUAAACACUCGACUGUUUUUUGGAGCGUGUUGCAAUCAUCUGAUUUGAAAUUACUGCACAAAAAACAAUGAAAUUCACAAGGUAAAACAUCAUAUGAUAUGUAGUUGUAGUGCUUUCAAUAUAGCAAAGGGUGAAUAUAAUUCACAAAUCACUCCUUUUUGUUUUUAUUAGCAUUUUUCAUACUGUCCCAAUGUUUUCGGAAUUGGGGUUGUACAAUGGAAGUCAAUGGGGCCAAUUUUUAGAGGGUUUUUUUUUAAACAAAAAGUAGAUGACAGCAUUUCACAUUUUGAACUGCACUUUCAGUGUCAAAAUAAAAGCUACAGGUGAAGUCCAUAGGACAGAAAUACUGUAUAUGACUUUUGUGGGCUAUAACACAAAUAUAAUCCUCAAAAUAAUGAUUCAGUAUUAUAUUAUAAUAAAAAAACCUGACUGGGUCCCACAGUAAUAAUUUAGUAAUAUGCAAAAUUCAACUGUGUUAAAUAUAUAAAAUAAUAAUAAUAGUUUUUGCACAGCUUGUUCAUUCACAAAAAAAAAAAAAAAAAAAAAAAAACAUUUGUAAAAAUAUAUGAAGGUAUUUAUUGUAUAUAAAAUAUAAAUAUAAAAGUGUAUAUCACUGAAAAUGGGGGUGGGGGGGUGGACACCUUUAUUCUUUUUUUUUAUAAUAGAUAUUUAUUUAAUGCCUUUAAAAUAUUUAAUCUACUUGGCUACAAAUGUUGUAUGAAUGAAAUGAUAGUUCCUCUGAUUAAAAAAAAAAAAAAUCACUUUUGAGCCAUUUCAGAGCAAAUAUAUAAUUAUCGAGAAAUAUUUUGAACAUCAUCAAUAGGAGAUAUAAUUUUUGAAGUCAUGUCGCCCAGCUCUAAGUCCAAGCCUUCUGAAGUCAUACAACAGCUUUGUGUGAGGAACAUACAGAAAUUUAGGUUAUCUUACCCUCCGAUAAAGCUCUUAAAUCACAUGUACAAAAGUCUCAAAUUUGGGGUCGUUCCUCACACGAAGCGAUCAUAUGACUUCAGAAGACUUGGGAAAUAUCACAGUCAUACGGACAGUUUUAUUAUACUUCUUUGUCCUUUUUGGAGCUUGACAGUAAAAAUCAACAUCCAAUUUUGUCGCAUGAAAACAGAAGCUCAGACGUUCUGCGUAAUGUCUGUUGUGUUCCGCAGUAGAAAAAGUCAUACGGGUUUUAAACAACAUGAAUGUAAGCAAAUGAUGACAGAACUCUUCCUGUAAUACAUACACACAAGGCUUCUUACUCUUGUACAUUUUAUCUUAAAUUAUCUAGAACCUUGAUAGAUUCAGUCUGACUCUAGAAUCUGGAGCCAGAAGGAUUUUUGCACACUUGAAUCUCUGUGUACAUGAAAUGUAUAUGUAUAUGUAUAUUAUGGUCACGUGUACAGCCUAUGAUGAGCGUUGUGUAAUGAGAUUUGAAUACAAGUGCUGGCGGACUAAACUAAGAUUUAUGAACUUGAGCAAUAUGCAACGGAUCUUCAUAACAUCAAAAUAAUCUGACUGAUCCGUGUUUGGAUUCAUGUCUGAAAUGUGUGUGCCGUUGCUUUGCUGUCUGGUUGAGGGGCUCUGUGUAUUUGCCCCGAUGAAAUCUCCCUCAAUGCUACUCUGUCUCUCUCAGAUUUUCUCUAUCGCUGGACAGAUGAAGUAUGAGCCGUCUGCUGCUAACGCUGCUGCUUAGAGUUUGUGUGGAUGAAAUUAAAGCACAACACACUGCCAACCUGA